CACAGCCACCUCUCACUCUCACACACACUUUUCAGUUUCACUCACUUCCUCGCUUCCCUUUUUCUUCUUCUAUCUGCUUUUCUUUCUCAACGCGAGGAACCUCGAAACGAUGUCGUAUGUGCCUCCACACCUCAGAAACUCAACCACCACAACAACAACCACUACCACCACCACCACGACGGCGAAAACCUCCUCCGUAACCCAAGAAAACAACAACGACAAUAUCAGCAACAAUGUUAACCAUCAAACUAAGCUCGCAUUCCCUUCUUAUUCAAACUCACACUCUCACUCUCACUCCAACGGCACCAAUGGAACCAAUGGCAACGCCAACAACCACAAUUCUGUGUCCCAUGGUUCUCGCCGCCCCACCGCCACUCCGCAGCCGUCACGGAUUUUCGCAGCUCCCGAGCCAGUUUUCCCUCACUGGCAGCCAUCCGAGCGCGUUUCACGCAUGAGCCCCGACCAGAUUGAAGAGGUCCGCCUCCGACUUAACCUUGAUGUCACUAUUGCAUCAGACUCUCCAGCUGCUCCUGCACCAAUUGAAUCAUUUAGUGAUAUGUGUGUCCAUCCAAGUAUCAUGAAGGAUAUUGCAUAUCAUGAAUACACCAGGCCAACUUCUAUCCAGGCACAGGCCAUGCCAAUUGCUCUCAGUGGAAGGGAUCUACUUGGCUGUGCUGAAACUGGUAGUGGGAAAACUGCAGCUUUCACAAUUCCUAUGAUACAGCAUUGCAUGGCUCAAUCUCCUAUUCGGCGUGGUGAUGGUCCUCUGGCAUUAGUUUUGGCUCCUACUAGAGAACUUGCUCAACAAAUAGAGAAAGAGGUUAAAGCUUUUAGCAGAUCUCUCGAGUCAUUGAAAACUGCCAUAGUUGUGGGUGGAACUAACAUUGAAAAGCAGAGGUCUGAGCUAAGAGCAGGAGUUGAAAUUGCUGUUGCAACCCCUGGAAGAUUUAUUGAUCAUUUACAACAAGGCAAUACUUCCCUUUCUAGAAUUUCUUUUGUUGUUCUAGAUGAAGCAGAUAGAAUGCUUGAUAUGGGUUUUGAACUACAGAUACGAGAGAUAAUGAGAAAUCUUCCAGAGAAGCAUCAAACACUGCUGUUUAGUGCCACUAUGCCUGUGGAGAUUGAAGCAUUAUCAAAGGAAUACUUGGCUAAUCCUGUACAAGUGAAAGUUGGAAAAGUCAGUAGCCCAACAACAAAUGUUUCACAAACACUUGUGAAGGUCUCUGAAAAUGAGAAGAUUGAUCGACUUCUAGAUUUGCUUGUAGAAGAGGCGUCACAGGCUGAAAAAUGUGGUCAUCCAUUUCCACUAACAAUAGUGUUUGUUGAAAGAAAGACGAGAUGUGAUGAAAUUGCUGAAGCACUUGUAGCUCAAGGAUUAUCUGCAGUUUCUCUUCAUGGUGGCCGCAGUCAAAGUGAAAGAGAGGCUGCCCUGCAUGACUUUCGGAGUAGCACCACCAACAUUUUGGUUGCCACUGAUGUUGCAUCUCGUGGCUUGGAUGUCACAGGAGUGUCGCAUGUCAUCAAUCUAGAUCUUCCAAAGACCAUGGAAGAUUAUGUACAUCGGAUUGGAAGGACAGGGCGUGCAGGAACAACAGGCCUAUCGACUUCAUUCUACACUGAUCGUGACAUGUUCCUCGUUGCAAAUAUAAGGAAAGCAAUUGCUGAUGCUGAAUCUGGGAACACAGUGGCAUUUGCAACUGGAAAGGUUGCUAGAAGGAAGGAGAAAGAAGCAGCAGCUGCACAAAAAGAGGCAAAUAUUGCUUUAUCCAAACACUUUGGAUUGGGACCUGCUUCAAUUAACAUCGAAGAUAAAUAUAGAUUUAUGAUUACUACCUCAAACAUUAAAAAGGUAGGCGCAGCUGAUAGUGCUUGGGAUGAUUAGUGGAGUGCCAGGUGCUUCCUGAAGAUUCAUGGCAAAUGUCAGAUCCUCAAAGGUGUUCUGGUUCUUAUACUUGGACUGAGUAGAUCUGCAGAGUUGUUGCUUCUAUGAUGUUGGAGAUGGACAUGUUUCUACGUUUUUAAGUGGACAAUUCUACCCAUUGUUUUUCACAACAAAGUUGUAGUUUACGCACUUGAAACAAGGUAGCUUGCUAGAAUGCUAGAUGCUUUGUAGAGGUACCUAACCCGCCUUCAAAUGUAUAUAUCCACACAUCCUUUGUGUAUUCCACCCAGAUUUUAGUUUUUUUUUUUCAGUGUCGACUUUAUUUAGCAUUUGUAGAAAGUCGAGAAUUACUUUUAUGGAAUUUCUUGCACAUUUGAUGAUUUGAAAGGUUAUUUGCCGUUUGUCUUGAUGACAUCUCUAUAUGUGAGGAGUAUAUCUGUAAAAUGGUAAAGGCCUAAACUUCAAGAGUUAUUCAAGAAUUUGGUCA